AGGAGGAGGUGUACGUUGCAGCCGAUCCUAGGCUGGAACCACGGGACAAGAAGCCGUAUAAGCGCGGGAUUACGAAACUCCCCAAGCUAAAAACUUGGGCCUUCCGCGAUGUUGUUCUCGUGCCCGCUGGAAAGAGCAUGUUCAAGUAUGGUGACCCGAGGAGGAAGCCGACACGUGAGUACUCGAACAUCCUUGGAGGCCUAAUUAGGAAGCAUUUCCCUGGGAUUGUCAAUCUCCCUAGUGGUGGCCGCGAUGUGGCUUGGACUUGGAAGCACUACAGCUACGCGGAAGAUCCUAGCGGCAAGUGCACCAACAUGCAAGAGCGGGUUGUCCGCCACUUCUGGAAAUACUUCACGAGGGCUGAGGGCGAGGAAAUUGCGUGCGACGUUAUCUUACACGAGUUGUGCAGGGUGAGGGUGACUGGCAUGCACUACGAGGCACGCGUCUAGUGCGUCCGCGACUGGCACGCCGAGCGCAAAGUUUGGAU